AUGUUUGCGGAGAAAGUUAAACUGAAGAUUGAUGAGGAAGAUCUAUUAGAAGAUGCCAUGGUAUACUACAAAGCUGAGGAGUUUGACCCAACAAAGAGGCUUACAAUUGUAUAUUCUGGACAAUCGCCCGCAGACACAGAAGGGGUAGUAAGACAGUUUUACACACGGUUGCUUUGUGCUGUAUCUAAGCAGUUUUUCCAGGGCCUAGACUACCGCACACCAAUCUACAGCAGCGAUGUUGUAGCUGCAGGGGUUAUGAAGCUGGUGGGGGUGAUGGUU